AUGCUUUUCUCUGAUUUCAAAGACUUAUGGAAUCCAAAUUCAAGCGCCCUCAUCAAAUCAGACAGUACAUCUGCAUCCACUGUAAAACAUUAUACCAACAAAACAGUAUCACGAGCUUCGGCUAAUGAAUAUGUCAUUCAAUCCAGUUUUUCAGGUGCUAAUAAUAAGCCUAAUCCUGAUAAGAAAAGCAUAUCAGAAAGUCAACUGAUCAAACCAAAUGGAUUACAGUACCAAAAUCUUGAUUUUCAUCAGUCGAAUCGUUCGUCUAAUCCUCAGAAAUCCAAGAAGCCCAGAUUAGAUUAUCUUUCAAAUUCAUUAAACAUAAACUUCCAACUGCAUAUCUCAUCUGCAUCCUCCAUGGAUGAACCCGAUUCAGAAGCUAUCGUGCAAAUGAAAGAAAUGAUUUAUCGGGCUGCGGCCUUCAGGCCAGUGAAUUGUAGGAGGCCGUUGAAGGAAGUCGUUUACAUAUUCAGAGCUCAAAGGUUACUCGGUUAUAAGAAUAAAGAUACAGAUCAAAUCUAA